AUGGACUUUGAGUCGAGUCGGCACGAUCGCGACCCCUGGAAGGUCAGCUUUCAGGUGUUCGAGUCCGACGACGCUCGGAAUGCCGGUCAUCCGAUCUUGCACACUCUGAAGUGUGAGCAGAGUGCGCCCGCUAUCUUCGUCCCGAAGCGUUGCAGUUGGAAACCUGGUCAGGGUUGGAACGGAUUCACCAUCGCCGCUCUCAAGGCCGGUAAUCUGUUGAAUGGGGAACUGCACGCCGUGUACGGUUACCGCCAGGAAUCGCCCUCAGAGGGCGACCAGGACGAUGACGAUAGCGAUGACAACAAUGAAGACAAGAAUCCCAAGAUUUCCGUUGGCGGAAGCGGCAGGGGCGAGAAGGUCAACGACGGGUGCGACGACGCCGCGGACCUCGACCGCACUGUCUUCGAUGCCGAAGGGGCAGACCAGCUCGCCGACGACGAGGGAUCGAUCGAGUACGAGGAGAACGAGGUCUACGAGAACGGAUUACUUUACGAGAUGCCGGACGAAGAGGAACUGGACGAGUGGUCGCGUCAACGUGUCGGAGACAACGAGCUAUUCGACGGGCUCGCGCGACUCCGUGCCGAGGCCGUUGUCCUCGCGCCCGCGGCCCAAGCGUCGACUUCGACCCCUCACGUCCCUGCCCGCGCCGCUCCCUCUCCUCGGCCCCCAAUUUCGUGCGGGACCUCGUCACCUUUGUCUUGUGUCAAACCCGCAUCCAAUUUGGACGAAGAAGACUCGACCGAGCACCUUCGUCCUCGCGAUCCCUCGAUCCGCCAGGGGAAACGCAAGGCACGGGUACCGACCCUCGACGACCGCUCCCGCCCUUUCCGCUGGAGCCCACCACCUCGCGUCAAGCCAGCCUCGCCCUCCUCACCUCGUCGCCACUCGCGCCACGUGCGUUUCGCCUCGCAGCUCGAGAUCUCUCACCCUGGCUCUAGCCCUCUUCAAGGGGUCUCCGUCGCGUCGACCUCGGCCUCGAGCCUGCAGCGCGUUGCCCAGGGACUGAAAGGAGUCGACGACGACGAACUUGACCGCGACGCGCUCGACUGUGACGACUUUGACGGCGACGUAUUCAAGGCGUCCUGGAGCAGCGAUUACGUCGCCGACCAGGAUCUCCCCGCUGUUCUAGCCCGCCUGCAACGCGAGCCGAGUCUCAUAGACUACGUUCCCGACCACGGCCUUCCGGCGGUCCUCGCUUGGAUCCACUGA